AGACCGAGAGAGCGACGGACCGCUGCGCUAGUGCUCGCCGACCAGGUUGCGAGGAGGUCGCUGACCAGGCGAAGGAUGACUGGGUUCGCGAGACAAUAUACAGAUUUCAGAAGAACGAGUGUCCCCCUAAAACCGACAUGGAAAUAUAGCUGCCCGGCUAACUACAAGACCCCAGAUCUAUAUGGCCUGUGUUAAGUGGAUCUGUGAGACUCCUGUCAGCAUGAAUGAAUAAGCCUUUUCUAUAAGCUGAGGGAAAUGGCUUUUAAAUUGUGCUGGUCCUACCACCUACAGUCGGUCCUCCUCCUUUGAAGGACGUCAGCUGUUUAUGGGAACUACUUGCCUUGCUCUCUUGUGGAUUUAGCUCUCCUUUUGGGACGCCAUUUUUCCACCAUCACAGACGGGCUGUGUAACUGGGCGACAUGGCUACUAACUCCUAUGCUGGGGUGAAGAACUCUGUGGCAGAGCCCAGUCAUGAUGGAGAAUUUAGCUGCUCACUCAAAGAGCUGUGCUCUCUUAUGGAGCUGCGGGGGACUGAAGGAGUGCAGAAAAUCCAGGAAUCUUAUGUGGAUGUUAACGGACUCUGCAAUAGACUGAAAUCCUCGCCUAUAGAUGGUUUAAGUGGAUAUCCUGCAGACAUUGACAAAAGGAAAUUAGUGUUUGGACAGAACCUUAUACCUCCAAAAAAGCCAAAAACAUUUCUUCAGUUAGUAUGGGAAGCAUUACAAGAUGUAACAUUGAUUAUUCUAGAAGUGGCAGCCAUAGUUUCAUUAGGCCUUUCUUUUUAUAGACCUCCGGAAUCAGAGGGUACAAACUGUGGGAAGGGAACAGGAGGAGUGGAAGAUGAGGGUGAGGCAGAAGCAGGUUGGAUAGAAGGAGCUGCUAUCCUCCUGUCUGUCAUCUGUGUGGUGCUAGUGACUGCCUUUAAUGACUGGAGCAAAGAGAAGCAGUUCCGUGGCCUACAGAGCCGCAUUGAACAAGAGCAGAAGUUUACAGUGGUGCGCAGCGGGCAAGUCAUUCAGAUCCCCGUUGCUGAAAUUGUAGUUGGGGAUAUUGCACAAAUUAAAUAUGGUGACCUCUUACCUGCUGACGGCAUUCUCAUCCAGGGGAACGAUCUCAGAAUUGAUGAAAGCUCUCUCACGGGCGAGUCAGACCAUGUGAAGAAAACUUUGGAGAAGGAUCCUAUGCUGUUGUCAGGUACCCAUGUCAUGGAGGGCUCUGGAAAAAUGCUCGUCACGGCUAUUGGAGUUAACUCACAAACUGGAAUCAUCUUCACCCUACUUGGGGCAGGAGAGGAGGAUGAAGACGAGGAGAAGGAGGAAAAGAAGAAAGCAAAAGAACAGAAGAAGCAAGAUGGCUGUGUGGACAACAAAAAGAAAGCUAAAGCCCAGGAUGGCGCUGCAAUGGAAAUGCAGCCACUGAACACUGAGGAAACGCGAGAUUCAGAGGAGAAGAGGAAAGCCAACUUGCCAAAGAAAGAGAAAUCUGUACUUCAGGGAAAGCUGACCAAACUAGCUGUCCAAAUCGGCAAAGCAGGUCUGGUGAUGUCUGCCAUCACAGUCCUAAUCCUGGUGGUGUUGUUUAUAUUGGACACCUUCUGGGUUCAAGGCCUUCCAUGGGAGCAGACCUGCACACCUGUCUACAUCCAGUUUUUUGUCAAAUUCUUCAUCAUCGGCGUGACUGUGCUGGUAGUGGCUGUCCCCGAGGGCCUACCUCUCGCUGUCACUAUCUCUCUGGCUUACUCUGUCAAAAAAAUGAUGAAAGACAACAAUUUGGUGAGGCACUUAGAUGCCUGUGAAACCAUGGGCAACGCCACGGCCAUCUGUUCAGAUAAGACAGGCACUCUGACCAUGAACAGGAUGACUGUGGUGCAGGUGUACAUAGCAGACAAGCACUACAGGAGGGUCCCUGAGCCAGAAGUCAUCCCUGCCACCAUCAUGGAUCUUCUCCUUCUGGGCAUCAGUGUCAACUGUGCUUACACCACCAAGAUCAUGCCCAUGGAGAAGGAGGGAGGACUACCUCGGCAGGUGGGCAAUAAAACUGAAUGUGCCUUACUCGGCUUUCUGUUGGACCUGAAAAAGGACUAUCAAGCAGUCCGCAACGAGAUCCCUGAGGAGAAACUCUACAAAGUUUACACCUUCAACUCUGUCAGGAAAUCCAUGAGCACCGUGCUCAAGAAUGCUGACGGAAGUUUCCGGAUGUUCAGCAAAGGAGCCUCGGAGAUUUUACUCAAGAAGUGUUAUAAGAUUCUGACGGCAAGUGGCGAGGCCAAGGUGUUCCGGCCCAGAGACCGGGACGACAUGGUGAAGAAAGUGAUUGAACCCAUGGCUUCUGAAGGUCUGAGGACAAUAUGCUUGGCCUACAGGGAUUUUCCCGCCAAGCACGGAGAGCCAGACUGGGAAAAUGAGAGUGACAUCCUCACAAGCCUCACCUGUGUGUGUGUGGUGGGCAUCGAGGACCCUGUCAGAUCAGAAGUCCCUGAUGCUAUUAAAAAGUGCCAGCGUGCAGGGAUCACAGUACGGAUGGUCACCGGGGACAACAUCAACACAGCCCGUGCCAUAGCAACCAAAUGCGGCAUCCUGCAGCCUGGAGACGAUUUCCUCUGCCUAGAGGGCAAAGAAUUCAACCGGCGGAUACGCAAUGAGAAGGGAGAGAUUGAACAAGAGCGUAUUGAUAGGAUAUGGCCUAAACUCAGAGUCCUAGCAAGGUCUUCACCCACAGACAAGCACACAUUAGUUAAAGGUAUAAUUGACAGCACUAUUUCUGAACAGAGGCAAGUCGUAGCAGUGACGGGAGAUGGCACUAAUGAUGGCCCUGCCUUGAAAAAGGCAGACGUUGGAUUUGCUAUGGGCAUUGCUGGCACAGAUGUGGCUAAAGAGGCCUCUGACAUCAUUCUCACUGACGACAAUUUCACCAGCAUUGUCAAAGCAGUUAUGUGGGGACGCAAUGUGUAUGACAGCAUCUCCAAAUUCCUCCAGUUCCAGCUCACCGUCAAUGUAGUGGCUGUGAUUGUGGCCUUCACAGGAGCCUGCAUUACACAGGACUCUCCUCUGAAAGCAGUGCAGAUGUUGUGGGUUAAUCUGAUCAUGGACACCUUUGCCUCACUUGCCCUGGCCACUGAGCCGCCGACAGAGUCUCUGCUGCUGAGGAAGCCCUACGGUCGCAACAAGCCCCUUAUCUCCAGGACCAUGAUGAAGAACAUCUUGGGUCAUGGAGUCUACCAGCUCACCAUCAUCUUCACUUUGCUGUUUGCCGGUGAGAAGAUGUUCGAUAUAGACAGUGGUCGUAAUGCCCCUCUCCAUGCGCCCCCCUCUGAGCACUACACUAUCGUCUUCAACACCUUCGUCUUGAUGCAGCUAUUCAACGAAAUCAAUGCCCGUAAGAUCCACGGCGAGAGGAACGUGUUCGAUGGCAUCUUCAACAAUAUGAUCUUCUGCACUAUCGUCUUUGGCACUUUUGUCAUCCAGAUUGUAAUUGUACAGUUUGGAGGAAAGCCUUUCAGCUGUGUGGGCCUUACCAUUGACCAGUGGCUGUGGUGUGUCUUCUUGGGAUUUGGCUGUCUGCUCUGGGGACAGGUCAUUUCCAGCAUCCCUACCAGUCACCUAAAGUUCCUUAAGACGGCAGGUCAUGGAACUCAAAAGGAGGAGAUCCCAGAUGAGGAGCUGGAGGACAUGGAAGACCUGGAUGAGAUCGACCACGCUGAGCGUGAGCUGCGCAGGGGGCAGAUCCUCUGGUUCCGAGGCCUCAACCGGAUACAGACUCAGAUGGAUGUAGUGAGUGCGUUCCAGAGCAGCACUUCCUUGCAGGGGGCUCUCAGGCGUCACCCCUCCAGCGGCAGCCAACAGCACGAUAUCCGAGUGGUGAAUGCAUUCCGUAAUUCCCUGUCCCCCUACGAGGGGCUGGAGAAGCCUGAGUCACGCACCUCAAUCCACAACUUCAUGACCCAUCCGGAGUUCCGGAUAGAGGACUCAGAGCCCCAUAUCCCCCUCAUCGAUGACACAGACGCAGAGGACGAAGGCCCAACAAAGAGAAACGCUACGCCCACGCCCCCUCCUCCUCCUUCUCCCUCAUCCAAUCAGAACAAUAAUGCUGUAGACAGUGGCAUUCACCUCUUCAUAGAUGCCAGCAUACCAGCCACACCCUUAGCCCCUGUCAGCCCCAUGCACAGUCUGGAGACGUCUCUCUGAUCGGCUCCGCCCUUCCACACACUGCCCUUUGCCACCCCUCACCUCUUCAGAGGCUCUUGUAGCUCAGUGGACCCGUGGACGUGCAGUGGAGCGGAGCAUAAUCUGGGAGCUUAGCUUGUGCUUGACUGAUACAAGAGCAGGCAUUCAUCAAAAUGUAGAGUUUUGUUGUGACAUGACUCUAGUUUCUCCCUUGUUUGAAUCCCCUUGGAGGGGGGGGGGCAGGUUCUCUGUUUCUACUUCUACUUAUAGAAAUCUUUUUCUCUCCCCUCUGUGAGUGGAGGGGUUACAAAUUUAGAUUGAAAGUGACCUGUAUUUUUUAUUAUUGUUAUGUUGUUAUUUAAUUAUUAAUAUUCUAAUACAGGAGGCAGUCCUCUCCAUGGCUUGCAGAUCAAUUGUAAGAAACUGACAAACCUCUUGGCUUCUCUUUUUCUGAAUGGUGGUGUAUAUUUCAUUCUUUGGCCCUUCCUCAUUCAAAUACUUUAAUUUUUGCUCUAUUUGGCUGUUAAUAUUUUGAAUUAUUUAUGUUUUUUUGAAAGCAGGUCUGUUUACAAAGUUUGUAGAUACUUUUUUUCUUCUGUUGGUGAAGGAGAUUCCUGAUGCAGAAAAAACGGGGACAAAUGAAAUCAAAUAAGAGUAAUAUUUCAGAUACUGCUGUAUUUUCAGGAAAAAGGUGUUUCUAUGGAAACUGAACUAUUUUUGCCUGCAAGUUUUAUUUGUUAUAUAUUUGUGGAUAAAUAGAACCUUCUAGCCAAUUAGAUAACACUAAGGCUUGUAUAUCAACGAACAGGUGUUGAGGUCCAUUACUGAAGUUAGACAGGUGAAGACAGGGAUACAGGUAAGGACCUUUGUCAGUACAUUUCCUUAGAUAUUUACUACUGCAUUACUUUAAGAGUUUCAAAGCUAAUUUUUCAUGUUUGUGGGAAAUGCAUUGCAUUUCCAAUUCACAGUUCCAUCAUUCUUGGUUGUUAAAGAAAGUCAUCAAAAUGGUUGUAUUGAAGAAGUUUCAUCUUGAUUUGAAAUGAUUUUGAACCCAAGUCAGACACAAGUCAAACUUUAUACUUCUGUAGUAAGAUAUGACACAGGUCUGCUGCAGACAUUUCAGUCUCCACCAGUGUACAAUACUGAUGUUCAUGAACACAGAACAAAUUAAUUGAAAAGGAUGCAAUCUAUAAAACCUGAAUCUAAGAUUUUUUUUUUCUUUCAAUUCAACUUUUCUUUCAGGCAGAAAAAGGAUAUACAAAUUGCGUUUAAUUUUGUGGGUUUUCUUUUUUGGAAACUUCAUAUUUCCCCUUAAGAUUUCUGGUUUGUUGACAUUACAGGAAUUGAAAACAGCAACACACAAAAACUUUGUAUUUUUUCCUAAUUGUAUUCCAUAAAUGUUCCAGUCAUGAAAAAGAAUUGCUGCAAUUGAUUUGAUUGUAGAAUAUAUUUGACACCUGAAAUACUGGAAACACACACACACACACACACACACACACACACAAAAACACUAAAAGAAAAUGGAAAAGAUUUUUAAAGCACAGGGUACUUUAUUUCAACUCCCUUUGGAAAUUUUGAUACAGACCAUAUAAAUAAGGCUUAACUUUGUAUUUUUAUGGAACAUACAGGACAUCUUUUGACCUGGUGAACCAGAUUUGGGGAGAUUUUACACAAACUGUAGUUGGGGUGGGGAGCUUUUCCAGCAAGGGUUGUGAUUGGUCCCGCUACAAAUCUAUAACUCAGGGUGGCUGAUCGUGUGACACAGGGUUUAAGGAGACACCUGUGGUCAAAUACUAACACUCACUGCUUUUCUGUUUAGAUUAGCUCCCUCUCCCCAGUGCCCCGCUCUUCAACUCACAGCAGAGUUCUGGUUUAGACCAUUCAGGUCUGCAAGGGAAAAGGUGAAGACAGAGAAGAAAGGGAAGCGUUGUUCCAUCAGUGCAUCCACUUUUUUUCCCCUUUGGAUUUAUUAAAUGAGAAGAGCUGUCUAGUUUGCUAUUUAGGGAAGAUGUGGAAGGAAAGCAAUCCAUGUGUUUGUUCUGAAGCAUCUUCCUGUAACAGGGAUGAAUGUUUUUCCAUCUGUUUUAUGGAUUUAUUAUUUUUUUAUCUUAACAUUUGGAAAUAAAAAUACUUCAUGUCUGUUUAUCUUGAGCAAUGUAAAUGGUUAUUGUGAUUUCAAUUUACAUUUGAAAGUUGUCGAGUAAUGUGUAUGGUUUUUAAGAAUAAAAAAUGAAUAUUUAGCCUAA